AACUUCACAGAUAGAGAGACGCAGAGCGCGCGAAGGAGGGGCUCGCGCGAAGUUGCUGACAGCUCGCGCAGUCCGGUUUAAAGAGCAGCAUCUCCUACUCGAUGCAAAGACCACCCUAAUGAACGUACACCGCGUGUGAACAACUCCUAAAAGAAGGACAGGCGUCUUGUAGGUGCACACACACACAGGAUUUGUUUCGGACGCUUGGACGGUGUUUUUGAGAGUCUCUGGUGUUCCUCGCGCGCAGGCGGAGCGGCGCGUGCUCAUCUUCGGCUCAGCAGAGCUGUCAUGCUGCCUAAAGUCGAUUCAGAAUCUCUGGGACUCGCUCGAUCGCAUGGGGAACAGGGGCAUAUGCCUAGAAACAUGCAAGCGCCCCAGUUUAAAAUGAUGGACUACUCCUACGACGAAGAUUUAGACGAAAUGUGUCCAGUGUGCGGAGACAAGGUGUCCGGAUAUCACUAUGGUUUGCUGACCUGUGAGAGCUGUAAGGGCUUCUUCAAGCGCACGGUGCAGAACAACAAGCGCUACACAUGUAUUGAGAACCAGAGCUGUCAAAUAGACAAGACCCAGCGGAAACGCUGCCCCUACUGUCGCUUCCAGAAGUGCCUCAUUGUCGGCAUGAAACUGGAGGCUGUGAGGGCCGAUCGAAUGAGAGGAGGUCGCAACAAGUUCGGCCCCAUGUACAAACGAGACCGGGCGCUCAAGCAACAGAAAAAAGCCCUGAUCCGUGCCAAUGGACUCAAGCUGGAGGCCAUGACGCAAGUCAUGCAAACUGUCCCAGCGGACCUCACCAUUACCUCUGCCAUUCAGAACAUCCAUUCAGCCUCCAAGGGGCUUCCACUGAGCCACCACCAUCAUCACCACCAUCACCACCACCACAGCUCCUCCAGCGCAGGCCUGCCCCCUGCAGACUUUGACCGCAGUCCCUUCGUCACCUCGCCGGUCAGCAUGGCCAUGCCGCCGCAUGCCGGAGGACUGCAGGGCUACCAGGCAUAUGGCCACUUCCAGAGCCGCACCAUCAAGUCAGAGUAUCCUGACCCCUACACAAGCUCACCGGAGUCCCUCAUGGGCUACCCGUACGUAGAAGCCUAUCCGGGUGGAUCGCCAGCCACCUUCCCUCACCUUGUGAUGGAGCUGCUCAAGUGCGAGCCGGACGAGCCUCAGGUGCAAGCGAAGAUCCUAGCGUACCUCCAGCAGGAGCAGGCCAGCCGAGGCAAGCACGAGAAACUCAACACUUUUGGCCUCAUGUGCAAGAUGGCUGACCAGACACUAUUCUCAAUUGUAGAAUGGGCCAGGAGCAGCAUCUUCUUCCGGGAACUGAAGGUUGACGACCAAAUGAAGCUUCUCCAGAACUGUUGGAGUGAACUCCUCAUCCUGGACCACGUUUUCCGGCAGGUGAUGCAUGCCAAAGAGAGCUCCAUCCUCCUGGUCACGGGGCAACAGGUGGAUUACGCCCUAAUUGCCUCCCAAGCCGGUGCCACACUCAACAACCUCCUGAGUCACGCACAGGAGCUGGUGAGCAAACUACGAUCCCUCCAGCUGGACCAGAGGGAGUUUGUCUGCCUCAAGUUCCUGGUGCUGUUCAGCUUGGACGUCAAGAACCUGGAGAACUUCCACCUGGUGGAGAGCGUCCAGGAACAGGUCAACGCGGCACUGCUGGACUACGUCAUGUGCAACUAUCCUCAGCAGACGGACAAGUUUGGCCAGCUGCUGCUGCGGCUGCCGGAGAUCCGGGCCAUCAGCCUGCAGGCCGAGGAGUAUCUGUACUACAAACACCUGAACGGUGACGUGCCCUGUAACAAUCUACUCAUAGAGAUGCUGCACGCCAAACGUGCCUGAGGACCGUCUCGACACGAGCAUCAUCACCAGACAACACCAGCCUUCGACCGAUGCACACUCACUGCAUGGGUUUGGGCCAGACUCUUUGGAUCUGAGAACCCCAUAGCGAGGGUUUGGCGAAGGGCAGAUGCAUUUCUGGUAAAGACAUGAAUGAAUCCAGAGUUAUAAUGACCUCUAGGCUGCGGAUUUGUCGUAGUAUUGUCAAACCAUGACUGUCAGUCGUUAUUUGUUGUGUGUGCAACUGAUCGAAUCCUCCACCUUACACUCAGACUUGAGGUGGCGGGUUUAAGAUGACUGGGAAAGGACUGGGCGCUCUUUCAAGACUGGUUUGCCAGCACUGACCCAAAGUUUCCAUUAGGACCUGGCCAUGUGGCCUUCCUUUGUCUGUUUUAAGGCACACAAGCUGGGCCAGAGCCAGAAGGUGGAGGUAAGAUGGACAACCAGACAUUGCCUGCAUCUGACCCUACUAAGACUUUAUUCCAACCCCUCACCAAAAAGAAAAAAACCUCUUUUCAAAUGGGCAGCCAUUUCUUCUUCUUUGUCACUGUGAGGCUGCUUUUACCAAUAUUUUCUCACCAAAAAUGGAAAAGGAUGAAUAUCACAAAAUCUGUCAAGAACAUGUCUGGGUCAUAUUUAAUCUCAAAAUCAUAAGAUAUGAGAAAUGAUUGAUGUCUAAUAUGUGGUCCAACGGCACAAAAAAAAAAUUAUAAUAAAUUAUUCUGAAUACUGAAUAAAAAGUAAUUUUGUGGGAAAAUAUGCUAAAUGCGGUCAUGAAAAUAAGAAUUAAUAAUUAUUAGACAUUUUAUUAAUUUUUUAUU